AGGAAGUACAAAAAAUGUAGUACCAAAUUAUAAUUAUGAUGUAAUCAUAUUUAGCUCGUUUGAUGAGUUAUGGGAAAUAAAGCUAGUUCUAUUACGAGUAUUGUUUUAUUUAUAUUUGCUGGACAAAUUACUAUUUCGAAAAGCGAACCAUGCACAAACUAUGUGAUUUUGGAAGGCCAGAAGGAAGAAACAAGAUCACCACUCCUAGGAAGUUCUGGUUCUGCUAUUUCAGAUGAUCGUUUGAUUACAGGGUGGUAUAGAGCUAACCUUACAGCAGGUACAGACAUGACUAGAGAAUGUCCACCCUUUAUGCGUUGUGGAACUACGUUUCCCAUAUGGCUGAAUGGAAACAUACCAGCCGUUAGUGACGGAGAAGUAGUGAGAUCUGUAUGUAAGCUUAGCGUAAGUGAUAGUUGUUGUGACUCAAGUUAUAAUUUAACCAUAAAAAUCAAGAACUGUGGAGACUUCAGAGUUUAUUAUUUAGACACGAGUGGUGUACCAUCAAGCUCUGCAUUCUGCUUUGGUGACAUUCCGAAAGAAACAACGACAUCAGAUCAAACGGUUAUGGCGUCAUUAGGAAUGUCUUUUCUUCAAAGUACAGCUAUGCCAGACUUUGAAAAUACAGUAUCAAGAUCACGAAAGGUUGAGGAUAAAACAUCAACAUUACCGGUUUCUGUUGGUGUUGAGAUGACAACGACUGCUGGUUUCACAUCACUGUUAACAUCUACUGAUUCUACAGUCACAGCACUCACUGAUAACACAGGAUUGGAGAAGAUUACAGAUUCCGGAGUAACCUCUACACACACAAACACAACUUACAACGGCGAAUCAUCUGUAACGAUUGGCACCGUUGCAAACAAUGACUUGGCAACCACUAGAAACACUGAGUUAACAUCAACAGUUACAUUCACAACACUAACAUGGAGAGAGAUUAUAAGUCCCAAAGCUUCUUCUACUACAAUGCUUAGUAAUAGUCUCAGCACUAAAUUAACAAGAGAAGAAAAUACAUCUGAUGUCGACGAUCAAACAACUGAAAGUAUGACUAAAAGUACUGAAAAUUUACUAGUGACAUCAGAAGUAAACAAUAUUAAAACUUUACCAAGCAGCGAACAUAUAACAUCAAACUCUGAAGGCUUUAAUAACAAAAAAGUUACAACUGAAGAAGUACAUAGGAGUACAGAUAUGACAACUUUGAAGCCUGGUUCUAUUCAAAAUGAUGUAUCUAUCAGCACAAAUAUGGGUUUGGUUAUUGUUGUCUGUGUUUGUGUGACACUUGCUGUUGUUUGUGUCAUCGGUAUGAUUGUAUUGUGUUGUUUAUUUAGAAAACGACAAAACCAGAGAAAAAGCAGUAUGCCUUGGGAAAAAAUGAAAAUGGACAAUAUACAGAAAUUUGACGAAAUUCAGCAAGGCCAGGAGUAUGAUUAUAUUGACAAUAUCAAUGUUAGAUCUUAUAACGAUGCAUCAUUUGAUUCAUUUCGUCACGUGGAAAAUUGCGAUGAAAGUUCUAGUCGAAAUGAAAGAUAUGUCAAAGAUCCAACUCAAGAAAAAAAUGAAAGAUAUGUUGAUGACCAAAAUCAAGAAAGUAGUUAUUAUCAUAGUAUGGCUGAAAAUUCUUCACAGAAAACAUCAAGCAAAACAUACGAUUACAUCGAAACUGGCACAACUGAAAACACAGAACUAUAUCAACAGAUGAGUUCACCUACAUUCGAUUUCGCGCACUAUACGAACAAAGAAAAAAUAAAAGAAGCCUCUUCAGAAAAGGAUUUUGAAGAAAAGUACAAUAAUUACAAAGCUGUAGACGCCACGUUAAAGGUCGAAACAGAAGAUAAAUUAGAGGCCAGCGAUAAGGCUAAUAAUGAAUACUUACUGAAUAAUGGUAGUAUGGUUGACGACGAAAACCAAUAUAUUCUGCCUUCAAAUAAAACUAAUUGCACUCAACAGGACAAUUUAGAUUUAGCACUAGAAACAGAAGAAAUAACCGAGCUACAGUAUCAGAAUGUUCUAACAAUAAGCCAAUUUUGAAAGUAGUUAAGAUAAAGAUGCGGCAAGAAUUUUGAUUAAAGCUUUACAGAAGUCUCACAUAAUGCCAUGUGGUAAUCUAGCAGAAAGCAGGUCAAGAAAGAGGAAGAUUAAAAUGUGCACAAUAAUAAAGAGUAUAUGUAA